UGUCGAGGUCGAAGGAUUGUUGCUCCAUAUGACCAUCAUAUCACUGUGUGGGUCGCAGGUGACCAUCGACGCAACACCUGGUCAACACUAUCGAACUUACAAGAACUGAUUGAUAACAGUUCCGCAUGACACCACGUCAACAUAUAGAAGAAGCAAGCACGAAGAGCCACAGGUCUUUUCUGCUGCAUCUAACACAUAUAAGGCCUCAAGUCCGUUCCCGAGACCUCACAUCACCGUCGUCCAGAAACAACUAUCACCAGCCUUUUUCUCUAUCACUACCCGUUUUCACACCACCUAACACGCUCAACAAGUCAAAAGAUGUAUCUUGCCGGGGUCUUUGCUAUCUUGACUGCUCAGGCUGUUUUGUGCAAGCCAGUACCACAAACCACAACAGCUCCCGACGGAUAUUGGGUCGCCGAAAUCUUCAAAAGCGGAUGCGCAAUCUCUGAUGACAACCCCCGCUACACGUUCAACGGACAAGAGGCUCAGGACUGCACCUCGAUCCAGGGCUAUGGAUACCGUAGCAUCAACUUCGAUGAUUCUACCAGUAAAUGGGCUGUCAACGUCUUCACCGACCUAGACUGUACGGUCAGCUUGGUUAGCAACAUUCAAGACAAUCAGUGUAUCUCGACUCCCGAGGGCCAGUUCGUCACAGCUUUCUCUAUUACUCCUCGCUAG